AGAAGUACCUCAUAGAAAAGUACAGUUCUGUUUAUUGGUUUAGCUUUAAUUCUUUUAAAAUUGGCUUAGAAAUGGGAAUCCGAUCAGGUGUUGUCCUCCAAACAAAUGCUUUAACAGCUGAUCACUUUGUAGCUGAUACUUCUCCGGUUCAACCGUCGCCAAACAUAAACAGAGAACCAGAGAACAUUUAAUCAUUCACUGGUGUUAGUGAUCAGUGUGGAAACACCAACACAAGGUAAAGUAUAAGCACACUGAUAGCUGGACGGGGAGAGCAAGAGAGCGGCGAACUGCGGUGGUAUUUGUGAAUGCCAGUAAAACCAGCACACUACCAUUGCUCGGGAAACUCUCCUGUUCAUGUACACAAAACGAGCCUCCAACUAAGAGAGAAGAGCGAGUGAAUUCUUGAGAUUGUGUGGGUGGGUCUAUCGGAAAUUCGCACACCGGUGCAGAUUCCUCUCAGUGGCUCACAUAGAUGGAUCAAGUGGGUACGGGAAGUCGGAUGGCUAGAGUGCUAGCUCAAAAGCACGAAGACAUUUCACAGGAAUGGAAGCCAUCGUGGAAUAAGGAUCAGCCUAAUGGAAUAUCUGAUCAUAAUAUUGGAUAAGAAGUGGUGGUGUUGAUAGUAAAGGUUAUUUAAAGCCUAAACCGUCGCUAAUGCUUUCAAUUACAUUUAAUAUGCAGUUGUACAAUGUUUUUCAAGUGCUUAGAUUCAAUAGAAAAAUCUUAGUUAGAUUCAAAGUUACUCCCAAGACGCAACAAAUUUCGUUAUAUUAUUUUUUUGUGGUAAUUUUCCAUUUCUUAUUAUCAGUGUUGUUUAUUUUUUAAACAAAUGGAUUUUGUAGUCAAGAGGAUCGCUGAUGGAAUCUGUGCGGGGAAGAGUGGGAGGCAGAGGCCAUGUGCAGGUAGUCUUGGAGAGUGAGAAAGAGAAAAGGAUGUAUCAGGAGAAAACAAAGAGCGAAGGGUGUAAGCACACUGAUGUGUGUACAGUGAGCGCGAGAGAGCGGCGUACAGUGUGGUGGUAUUUGUGAAAGCUACCAAAAUACAAACACUACCAUAGAUUGCCGGACGUACAGAAAACGAGCCGCCAAUUGGGAGAGAAGAGAUUCGUUAGGCUGUGUGAGUGGGUCUAUCGGGAAAUAGCACACCAGUGCAGAUUUAUUCUCAAUGUAUCACACAAAUGGAUUGAGUGGGCUUGGGAAAUCGGAUGGGUAAAGUGUUUGUUCAGAAGGCAGAAAACAGUUCAAUGGAAUGGAAUCCAACUUGAAAUCAGAUCACAAUAAUGGAAUAUCACAUCAUAAUUAUGGAUAUGAAUACGCAAUGUGCACUGUGCCAUCUCUGAAAAGGUUGUUUGUGAAAAACGAAGUGGAAUUCAUGGUCGAACGGGAAAGAAGAUUGAGUUGGUGCAAGUGAGAACGAGAGGGAGAGAAGCCAUGUGCCAGUAAAUAGGUAGUGAAACAGAGAGAGGGGAAGUGAAAAGAUUGGGAAAUAAGAGCGAACCGGGUAAGAUCCGCGAUACCGCAACCAGAACUCAAUGCAAUCGACUAUUUAAAAGUCCGCGCACUGCUAUCGAUAUCGGUGGAGCAUGUGGGCUAUAUAAUGCGCUGCCGCCGCUGCAUUUCCAUUUAAUGUUCAACCUCACACAUAGCAUUUUAAAGCUUCUUAAGCUAUUAUGGGAAAGUUUACAAGCCAGAUCUGUGGCCUCAUCGAUUCCUACGGCGGUCGAGAUGUCCUGAUGGAGGCGCUGUGCCAAAGUGCCAAGUUGGUGGCAGGAUACCAAGCCAAGCGGAACCCAGACCUGGCCCAAAGGUGCGCCACCGUUAGCUCGAAAAUCUCGGCAGCCAGGUCCACUCUGCGGCUGAUCGACGACCUGCCCGUUAUCCAGUACACCCUGGAGUACGGCUUGGGCGACGAUGAGCCGGAUCGUAUAACGGCCGUACUGGGAGUGAUGUCCAACGCGGUGGACGUGCUCUUCUAUCCCAUCGAAACUAUCUGCUGGCUGGCCGAGCAUAAGGUUCUGGAUGUGAGAAACAAGGCUGUCUGGAGCUAUGUCCGCUCAAUAUUCAGUGUGCUCUCUGCGUAUCUGAGCCUUGUAAGGACAUUGCGGACUUUUUCCCAAAAUCAGGACAAGCUGAACCGCCAGGAUGCGGUGUCCCUCGCUCGCAUCUCCCUCGAUCUUAUCCACGCCGUCAGCAUUCUGCCUAGGGGUUACCUGUGGGGCGGCAAGCUGUCAACCCUCCAGUUGGGAGCCAUUGGAACACUCUCAGCGGGACUGGGAAUCUACCAGAUCUUGGCCAGCAGAAAACUGAACCACUAGAUGUGCCCACCAAUGUGCUCGGAAUCGUAAAGUAGAAUAAAGUAGAAUUUAAAAACAGUGGUCUACGUACUUUUUGGUACGCUAAUUUGUCUGGAGUAUUUUUAUACCGCCCUUAUUAAAAUUGUUUAGUUAUCAAUUGUUAGUAAAUAAAAAAAUUGAAAAAUUAGA